AAGUUUUUGUUGGUACAUCCCAAGCCGUGUCCAAGUGGUACAGCCCACAUCUCGCGUGGAGGAGGCGAGCAAGCUUUUUCCUCAGCAGCAGUUCGGACCGCACGAGGACGACACGGUCCGGUCCACGGAGCCAUGGAGCCGCUGUUCGGACUUUUAACAACACUCCUCGUCGUUUACGGACUUGCGGACGUGAGCAGUAACCUGGUGGUGGUCCCUGAAAAGCUGAAUGCAGUGCAGGGCAAGAAGAUCACGCUGAGCUGCAGGAUCGAAGCGUUACCCGACCUUAAACUCAUCCAGAGCUCCUGGGAGCGCCAGCUCCCUUCAGGCAAGGAGAUCAUGGCGGUGUUCCACUCGGAGUACGGGACUUCCAUCCCUCCUGAGAUGGCCAACCGCGUCUCCUUCGUUACCGCCUCGGCCCAAGACGUCAGCAUCACCUUGGACGACGUGAACCUCGCAGAUAUCGGCUCGUACACCUGCAGGGUGUCCACUUUCCCGCUGGGUAAUGCCCAAGCGUCCACGUACGUUAAUGUAUUAGUGGAGCCCAAGGUGUACGUGUCGGCCGGGCCCGCCGCUCUGCUGGAAGGCGAGAGCGAGUCUCUGGUGGCCACCUGCAUCGCCGAGCGCGGCCGCCCCGCCGCCGAAGUCUCCUGGGAGACGGAGCUGCGCGGCCGCGAGGAGACGCAGAGUCGCGACGAUGCCGACGGGACGGCCAGCGUGCACGUUCGCUACAUGUGGGAGCCGCACAGCGCCGCCCAGGGCAAGACACUCACAUGCGUGGUGCACCACCCCGCGCUGCAGACAGAGUUCCGCAUACCCUAUACACUCAAUAUUCAGUUUGCGCCGAUGGUCUUCAUAAAGGGGGUGGAGAAAAACUGGUAUGCCGGACAAACUGAUGUGACGUUCAUUUGUGGAGCGCAGGCCAAUCCCCCCGUCCGGGAGUUUGCAUGGGUCAGGUUGGAUGGGCAAAUGCCGGACAGCGUUGAUAUUGUAACCAACAGGUUCGCUUUCACCCGCCCGCUGGAGCUCAACGACUCUGGCGUAUACCGCUGCGAAGCCACCAAUGAUGUCGGCGUCCGCAGCCACGACUUGUCCCUUUGGGUGCAAGAGCCUCCCUCCACCACGGCCGCCCCUGUCCCCACCACUUCCACCGAGCCGCCCCACGUCCCCGGUACGGCGCGCUCCCCGUUCACCUCGUCCACGAUGGCCCCCCAGCGAGACUCCACUCUGGGCGCUGUGGUGGGUGGCGCAGUGGGCGGAGUCCUCCUGUUGAUCCUAGCGCUGAUCGCCGCCGGCUUCUGUUUUAUGCGCAAGCGCCGCACCUUCCGGGGCGACUACUACACCAAGCAGUACCUGGGCCCGUCGGACAUGCAGAAGGAGUCGCAGCUGGACGUCCUGCAGCCGCACGAGCUCCAGGAGGUGUACGGAGACAAGGCCGACAACGGCAGCCAGGAGCUGAAGUCCAAACUCUCCGGGGACGUCAUUUAUCCCGACUACACGGGCACGGAGCGGGGCGGCGACGACUGGGCCGAUCAGGAGGGCGACUACUACUCUGACCGCUACCAGGGCCAGAACACGCACCACCCGUGCGGGCCGCCCGUGGUCAACAAUGGCUCGCCAUACCUCCCAGAAGACUGCUACAACAACUGCAACGACGGCGACUACGUGUCGCACACGGACGGCUCGGUCAUCUCGCGGCGGGAGUGGUAUGUCUGAGCAAAAGAGCAAAACCGCUUUACCUUCUGGACGAGGCCGCAACGCCUCCGCCGUGAAGCCAUUGGCCAACGUUUGGUCUCUUGAAAGCUCUCGGCGUUGAGUACCAGAAACACUCUCAAAGGGAACGUCAGGAAAAAAAAAAGGGGAACGAGGGUUUCCUUACACUUCUAGACACUACUGAUGUGUUUAACUGUCGCACAAAUGUCAAAGCCUGACCGAGUGGAGGAGACCCGCAUGGUUAGCUUGUCCCACCCUUCCCCCCUUAAAACACCACCCACACCCUUCAUUUUAUGUGGCCCACGAAAACAUUGCCACAAAUGUUCCCGUUCAAAACUGGCCGUGAAAAUAAAAUGCAGGGGCGAUUAUGUACAGUAAGGAUGGCCGAGUAACCCUCCGAGGUAACGGAUACUCGAGAAGGCCGCUGAUACCAGCCACCGAUACUUCCAAGGCAAAUAACUGACAUUGUCGUCCUCACCAGUAGUUGGUGCAACAUCUUCGAAUAAGCCUUUGUGUCAAAAAGAAAGGUCUUUGUUCUCAGUUAUAUGUCACAUACAUGAGUUAUUUAAAAGAAGCAGUUGUAUCAGUAUCGGUGUGUACUCAAAAGUGAAUAGUCGUACUGGUAUCGGUCUGGAAAAAAAGUGUGAUUGAACAUCCCUAAUGGACUGUAAUCUCAAUGGUUCCACAUGCACUGUCCCAAUGGGAAAUUGGUGUCAAGGAAGUAAAGUUCAAUUGACACAAGCUCGGGAAAGUCAGAAGAAUCCGGCAGUAACCAAGUAUAUUUAUACUUUGUUGCCACCUUUCCCACAAGGUGGCUUGACACCUCUGUCCUACGCCGUGUCCCGUUUCUCAUGCCAUUGGAUUUUUUUUAUUUUUUUUUUCAUGGAUUUUUAUCGUCAUUGAUGACAGAAGCAAGUCUGCCUUUUGGUUAGCGCGUCUGCCCGACAGGUCUGCGUGUUUGAAUCUCGGCUCCGGCCUUUUCGUAUUGAUUUUGCGUGUUUUGUUUUUUUUUUUUCUAUUCUCAUCCCAGAAACUUUCAGCGUAGUUGGAAAAACUUGACCUGUCGCUGUGCACAUGAGUGUGAACUGUUAUUUAACCAAAUGUGGCCUGCAACUGGCUGCAGACCAGUCCAGUGUUACCCCACUUCUCUCACCAAAAGUCAGCCAGGAUAGGAUCCGGUUGACACCGAUGAGGGCGAGCACUACAGAAAAAGGAAGUUUGUCUCAUCAAUGUUCGGCGCUGCAAAAUGUCUGCGGCGGUUCUGUAAACUUGGUUGCGGCCGCGUCCGGGGGAAUGAAAAUCAGCAAGAGUUUUCCCGCAGGCGGACGACGACAACAUCGUAGCGGAAACAUUGUUAGCCGCUGACAUCACCGACCGUCGUACAAAAUGCUCGGCUGCGCCCGCUCAUCACGGAAAAAAAGCGCAAGAAAUGUGAUCUGCUGAGAGCGAGAGGAAGAAAAGUCCAAAAAGAUGUGGAGACGUUCGCUUUCUCUCUCUUUCUCUCUCGCAUGCGUGCAGUCCGCACAGACGCGACGACGUCAUCACUUGGCGUCCAGCAACUUGCACUUUUUCCCUCCAGCGUCAAAGACGACUUGCUUAACUCUUGCGCCAAUUCUGACAACAAUCAAAAGGACGGCGGUGCCUUUAGAUUUUAAACAGAUUUCAGAAAGAGUAAUUUAACUCUUUAAUCACACAAUUUUGCUCUCCACAAGCCUUAUGCUAACAAGCAAUGAAAAAAUAACACAUGAGCGAGCAGAUUGAAUCAUGACAGUUGAACACAAACGGUGCAGCAACACUAGUACAUAGACUAACAAUACUCAACGGCAUAUAUCUAUCCCCUGUGCUAAACGGUGAUUGUUUCUGGAGUUUACUGACUCACUUCCAGUAGUUGGGAAAGUCUGCAUGACUGCCGUGCUGCCUCUUGCUGGACAAAAUGCACAUCCCCGAUGGAGCUGCUACAAUCACGCACAAAGUGUAAAGUUAAGUUAUUACUAUAUGGGCGGCACGGUGGAUCAGCUGGUAAAGCGUUGGCCUCACAGUUCUGACGUCCCCGGUUCAAUACCAGACCCGCCCUGUGUGGAGUUUGCUUGUUCUCCUCGUGCCUGCGUGGGUUUUCUCUAGACACACUGGUUUCGUCCCACAUCCCCAAAACAUGCAACAUUAAUUGGACACUCUUAAUAAAUUGCCCCUAGGUGUGAUUGUGAGUGCAACUGUUUAUCUCUAUGUGCCCGGCGAUUGGCUGGUGACCAGUUCGGGGUGUACCCUGCCUUCUUGCCCUUUGACAGCUGGGAUAGGCUCCAGCUUUCCCCACUACCCUUGUGAGGAUAAGUGGCUAAGAAAAUGGAUGGAUGGAUAAAUUGCCCCUAGGUGUGUUUGUGAGUGCGGCUGUUUGUCUCGAUGUGCCCUGUGAUUGGCUGGCGACCAGUUCAGGGUGUACCCCGCCUUCCUGCCCUUUGACAGCUGGAAUAGGCUCCAGCACUCCCCGUGACCCUUGUGAGGAUAAGUGGCAAAAGAAAAUGGAUAGGACAGUAUCACUGAGCACUUUUUUUUAGGGGAGGAGGGGGGGCUUUUGGAACAGAUUAAUGGCAAUUCCAUUUCAGUUGGAAAAUAUGAUUUGAUUUGAAUUUGGAGCAUGGUCACGGGAAAAAAAAACUUAUCUCAAGGUACCACUGAAUUAAUCCAAAGUACACAAAAAUGAAAAUUAUGAACUGUCGGGGUCCCCACCGCACUGCAAAACUUGCAGACAAUAAUUUACAUAAUUCUUUUUCUCUGCAACAUUCAGGUUGGAUUACGCACGCAUUUAUUCACAAACAUGUACGAUGAAGGCGUUUGGACAGAGGGAGCGCACGUCGUGACCCCGCCCUCGCCGAGAAUAAACGACUUUCAUGUCAGAAGCGCCGGCGUGUCGGGGGAGGGGCCCUGGCCUCAAAUCUCCUGACUAGAAUUUGCCCUCACGCUAAAUCUGUCAUUUGCGGCACAUCUGCGCUUAAGAUCGUCGUCGCCUGUUGCAAUCGGGGGAAGGUUGGCUUGAAUCAAGUUCUGAGGAGCCGUGGGGGUAGGGGGGGGGGUGCACGCAGGAAAAAAUAUUCAUAUAUUUUGCAUUUGGAAAAAGCGGGGAAAAAAAUUUUGUAGUCAGGACAAACAUUGUUUUGGAUUAAAAUUUCAAGAUUUUUUUUUUUUCCCCCCAAAAAAAAUAUUUUUCAAGAGAAAGUGCUCAUAGAAUUACAACUUUAUUCUUGUAAUGCAUCUUUUUUUUAUUGUAAGAAUAAUUUUUUUCUGCAAGAUAACUUUUUUUCCCCCCCUGAAUAACUAAAAACAGAAUUUCCCUUUAAAAAGUAAUUUUGUUCCUGGAAAAUAAAUCUUAAAUGAAAUAUAAGAUAUGACUUUGAUUAUCAUGGCUUUUUUCUUAAAAUAAUACAUUCUUGUAAGAAUAAAAUAAAAUAUUAUAUAUUUUAAAUGUACAAUUUUUGGCCUCAGUAAAAUUAUUUUUUUAAAUUCAUUUUAACACUGAAAGUAAUUUUUAUUGUAACUAACGUAACGCUACAACUGUUAUGGAGAAAAAAAUAUGCAUUAUGUAUUUUUGGCGUCUUUUUUUUAACUUAAAAUGUUAAAAUAUUAAAAAAUAUUGUAAAAGUAUAGUUACAUUAUCCCCUUUUUCUACACUGAAGAAAGUCCCCCCCAAAAUUAAGACUUUAUUACCUUAAAAAAAAAAGCCUGAAAAUCACACUGAAAAAAAAAUUUUUUUUUCUCAAGUUUGUGGUGUAAAUGCAUUUUUUUUUUCAUUUAAGUGUGUCCUUCCUGAUAAUGACACGUUCUCAAUUGUUGGAAAAGAAAAUGAGGAGAAGUAAUAUUUGGGACGCGGUGAGACUUUUCCAACUUUUACUAGCUUAUUUAUUUCCCUGGCGCCGCCGCCAUUUUGUGUCGUACAUAGCGCUAAGGCGUUAGCUUAGCAUCGGCCGUUGCCGCUGAGGAGGUGGUGCCUUACGACGCGUUUGAUUUCAAAACGGGAAUGGAUGAAAGUUUUUGUCAGUCAGGCUUUUUUGGCAUUUUGUAAAACGACGCGUGAAACUCGUUAGCGAGCGAGCGAGCAAGAAUCUUGGGAAAUAUUGUUUUGUACAUAGGCCGGCCAUUUUUCUCUUGUUCAGUAUAAAAGGAAUUGUUUUUCUAUGUUAAUAUUGAAAAGGUUUUGGGGUUUGCUGUCGACCGGUGCUUCCGUACGGAAACGCGAGCGGAGAAGAAUGUUUGUCGCGUUUGGACUUUUUUUUUGUUUUGUUUGUUGUUUCAUUGUUUGCAAUAAAAGUUUUGGAGCUCUCGUCA